AUGUUGGGCCGACAUCGCUCAAGACCAAACAGAAAACGACUACAACUCCCAGAGUGCCUUUAAGGAAUAAACAAGAAGAAGCGGGUAGUAGACCACCAGCAUGUGUUACUAAGUGACUGCUUUUACAUUACAAGUGUAAUUAGUGAAUUCAUUGAGUUUAUGAUGGCUACAUAUGUUGAAAUAGUAAUACGCGAAAGCUUCGAUUGCGAUUACAUUAUCAGCAAGUGGUAGUAUGCAUUUCGUAAACCUAUAAUAUAUACUGCAUGCGAGUCAUAUAGCUAGCUAGCUAGCAACUCUAUUUUGUAAUAGAGUAACCUUAGUUACAGGUAGAAAACGGCUGUUAGCUUACUUUUGUAGUUAUUACAUUAGAUGUACAUUCAGCACUGUUUAACAUUAGACUCGACAUUAUCCCGAUUCACGCAUUUGAAUAUUGCUUUUUUGGAAGGAGAACUGGUCCCCUGUUUAUUUUCUCAUUUGGUUACAAAGCGGCUCACCAAAGCAGUGGUAUGACAUCACUCAAGACAUCAGGAAGAAGACGCUGAUAUUGACAUCCUGACCUUAAACCCCAAACUAGUCCAUUCAAAGGCCAAAAGAAGAUGCCUCAUCGCUGUGUGGCAUAUGGUUGUGGCAAAUCAUGGGAUGAUGGUGUGACUCUGUACAAUUUCCCUAAUGACCCAGAGGAGUUUCUGAAAUGGGAAAAGCAGAUCCAGCGGACACGCAGUAACUGGACCGCCACCUCCACAUCCCAGCUAUGCUGUGAACACUUUGGUAAAGAGUGCUUUGAAAACAAGCCCAACCCUGUCCUCAAGGCUCUUGCUGCCAAAGGACAGCUGAAGCUGAAGUAUGGGGCUGUUCCCACGGUGUUCAUACGCCCCCCCUGUACGACCUGUGAGGGCUUUGGCUGUAACAUGUGCACCCCCAAAGCUUAUAGACGUGGCGUCCCCGUAGAACCCCAGGAGUAUGAUACAGAAGAUGUUGAGGGGGACACUAUGCCAUCGGAUGAAGCUGAUGCAGAGGAUGAUGAUGAAGAUGACGAUGAAGAGGAAGAUGAUGAAGAUGAGAUGGAUGAUUCCUGCGCAGACUUCUACUCGUCCCUCACUAUAGAUAAUGGACCUGCAAUGUGUGAGAUGUGUGGUUUCAGCGGCACCAGAGAUACCUUCUACUCCAAGACCAAGCGUUUCUGCAGCGUUUCCUGUUCUAGGGCCUACUCCUCCAACUGCAAGAAGUCCUCUAUACUGGCACGACUACAGGGAAAACCUCCCACUAAAAAGGCAAAGGUGCUAACCAAGACAGCCUGGUCCACCCAGAUGGGGAACAUGAUUGCAUCUCUAGGCAACAGUCAGGACAGCUCCAGCUCUACUGGACCGGAAACUACAACAAGUGGAACUUUUGACUGGGGUUCUUACCUGGAGAGGACCGGCUCUAUUGCUGCUUCUGUGGCCUGCUUUAGACAUGCUCCACUCUGUGCCCAGUGGGAUGACAUCACAGUGGGGUUAAAGGUGGAGGUCCUGAACUCUAGUGCCGUCCUGCCCAGUAAGGUCUACUGGAUCGCAAGCAUCAUCCAACUUGCAGGCUACAAAGCUCGACUGAGGUAUGAGGGCUUUGAGGAUGGCAGCCAGGACUUCUGGUGGAGCCUAGGCUCUGGUGACAUGUAUCCCGUUGGCUGGUGUGCCAUGACCGGCAAGCUGCUGGUGCCACCACAGGCUGUGCAUCAGAACAUCCCAGACUGGAAGGAGUACCUGAUGAACCGGUUGGUCGGAGCCAACACUCUGCCAGUGGACUUCUAUUUGAAGCUGGCAGAGAGUCUGAAGUGUUCGUUCCGUACGGGCAUGCGGGUGGAAGUGGUGGACAGAACUAUGGUGAGCCGGACGCGGUUGGCAGUGGUGGACACUGUGACCGGGGGGCGCCUCAGACUCAUCUAUGAGGACGGAGAGCAAGAUGCCAAAGGGGAGCCCCUCUCUGACUUCUGGUGCCACAUGUGGAGUCCCCUACUGCACCCAGUGGGCUGGUCCAGUAAAGUGGGCCACACUAUCAAACCAACUGAUGGGAACCAGUCCCUCCGGAAGGUGUACUGCGACAGCAGCCCUAUGCUGUUCAAGAAGCCCAGGACUGUGUACAUGGAGGGAGGGUUCUUUGAGGUGGGAAUGAAGCUGGAGGCUAUAGACCCACUAAACCUGGGCAACAUCUGUGUGGCCACUAUACACAAGGUGCUGCUGGAUGGCUACCUCAUGGUGGGUGUGGAUGGCACAGAUGGGUCAGGCGACGGCUCUGACUGGUUCUGCUACCACGCGUCCUCCCACGCGGUCCUGCCCAUAGGAUACUGUCAGAAGCACAACAUACAACUCACGCCACCCCCUGGUUAUGACUGGAAAACCUUCACUUGGGCCAAAUAUCUGGAAGACAAGGGAGCCGUAGCCGCACCUGCACGGCUCUUUAACACGGACGGCUCCGGUCACGGCUUUGCUCAGAACAUGAAGUUGGAGGCGGUGGACCUGAUGGACCCGCGGUUGGUAUGCGUGGCCACCGUGAGGCGCUGUGUGGGCCGACUUCUCCUACUCCACUUUGAUGGCUGGGAGCCAGACUUCGACCAGUGGGUGGACGUCCAGUCGCCAGAUAUCUACCCUGUGGGGUGGUGUGAGGUCACAGGAUACCAACUCCAGCCACCCAUUGGACCAGAUCCUGUUGCAAGUCGCAAGAAGCACAAACCUAUGGGGAAAAAGAAAAAAAGGAUGGUGAAGAAGAAAUUGGCAAACCUUAUCUCCAAGAAUCGGCCACCACGCCGGCUAAGUCUACAGUCUGAACCUGAGGGAGGAACCCCAGAACAGACAGACCCCACAGCUCUCAUACAGCACAUUAAGACAGAGCCUGAGGAGGAGAUCAUAGCAGUACAGGUAAAGGUGGAGGAGCUGGAGAUGGAAACCCCAAUCCAGCCCCUGCCAGAGGCCCAGGCUUCUCUACCCUCCCUGGAGGUGGUCAAGCAAGAGCCACAAGGAUCGGACCAGCAAAAAGCUGAUUCUCAGAAAGUGGAACCUCAGAAGCUAGAACCACAGAAAGAGCCACAGAAGGCAGACCCUCUGACAGUUAAACCCCAGAAGGUAGAAAAUCAGAAGAAGCAGCACACAGAGGGGAAACCAUUGGAAGAUUGAGACUUACUGAUAUUGAGAACAUUGGAAGCCCAUCUAGAAUGAUUACCCACCCUAACAACAAACCUCAACCAUUUCCCAAACUGACCAUAGAUCUUCAGGCGUCUUUUUUUGUUUACACUUGUUUACCACCAUCGCAGCCUUAAGUCCCUACACUACUGAUCACCACAACCUGAAGUUCAGAUGGGUAAUGUAAGCCAGUAUUCUUUUUAUGGAUUUCAUCAACAGUUUUUGAGCUGGGCUGUUUCCAAUUCACACUGAGACUUUCUGUGUAAGACCGUUAAACAGAAAGGACGGUACUUUAAUACCACAGAAAAUGUAAAACAAUACAUUUUUUCAUGUUGUAUGUUUAUUUCUUUGAAAAUAUUAUCCAGAUUAUGUUUUUGUAGG